UACAAAUCGAUUUUUCUGAUCUGAUGAAAACCGAGGUUUCUGAAAUGGAAGAAAGAAAAGGAAAAGGAGAGGUUAUGAGCGGCACUCUCGACCUGAGUGCUCUCCCACUAGAAUGUAUCACCCUCAUUAUUUCCUUUACCUCCCCUCGAGAUGCCUGUAGAUUGUCGCUUGUUUCAACUGCUUUAAAUUCGGCUACUGAAUCCGAUGCUGUUUGGGAAAGCUUCUUGCCAUCCCAAUUCCAGGCAUUAAUUCCCUCAUCGCUCUCUUUCUCGUCCAAGAAACAACUUUAUCUUAGCCUCUGUGAAAAUCCCCUUCUCAUUGAAGCUGGACGAAAGAGUUUUUGGCUGGACAGAGUGAGUGGGAAGAAAUGUUACAUGCUGUCACUCAGGGACCUCUCCAUUAUAUGGAGUGACACCCCAGAUUAUUGGAGAUGGGUGUCUAUACCCGAGGCCAGGUUUGAUCAGGUAGCAGAGCUUCUGAGCGUUUGCUGGUUUAAAAUCCGUGGAAAGAUUAGUAUCUCCAUGCUUUCACCCAUGACGCACUACAAGGCUUACCUUGUUUUCCAAGCAAAUAAGGAUUAUGGGUUUAACUAUUAUCCAGUGAAUCUUAGUGUUGGAGUUGUUGGCACUGAAGGUAGUAAGAGAAGUGCUUAUUUGCAACCAAAAAAAGAACGACGGAUAAGAGAGGAACAACCUACACCGGGUGAUGAUGUUCAGUUCCCAAAGGCUAGAGUAGACAGGUGGUUAGAGGUUGAGAUGGGUGAGUUCUUCAAUGAGGGAUGCGUUGAUGAUGGGGAACUGGAAAUGAGUGCAGUGGAGAUUGAGGGCUGUAACUGGAGAGGUGGUCUCAUUUUGCAGGGGAUUGAGAUCAGGGCCAUCACGCCUAAUUGAUAUGCCUAGGACUUGGCUUAGACACAGUGAAGUAUAAGUGUAUGUUUAAGAUAAAUAAAAUUGGUGACACUUCUUGUCUACUGGUUCAGAUGGCUUAGUUUACUUUUUCUGAUAUUUAGAAACAGAGGAAGAAGGAAGAUAGCUCCCUAGAAUAUCGUAUCAUUGUUUACUUUUCUGAUAUUUAGAGCGAUGC